AUGACAUUUAGCAAAUUAUUCACAAACGUGGGUGUGACAUGUGAGCGCCAAGGUAGCCGAAUUGGAAUUCAAUUGAACAUGGAUGGUGGCUAUGGCAGCACAGCAGCGGGCUCUGGGAUGUCGGGCAGUCUGGGCGGCUCUGAGACGGUCCCACUGCUAAUCACGGACCCCGAACCAGAGACGCCGAAAUGGCAGCCCAUGUCCAAGGAACAGCUGGAGCUCGAAGCCGGGGGCCCGGGGUGGAGGAAAAUACGCUCCCGCCUGGUGGUGGUCUUCUGGCUGGGUUGGCUGGCCUUGCUGGGCGCCUCUGUCGCCACCAUAGUGCAGAGCCCUCGGCCGGUCGCACCGCCGCUACUGUGGUGGCAGAGGGCGCUGUUUUACCGCCUACAGCCCAUACUGCUCAUGGACGCCCAGAACGAGGUGCCAGAUGGUAUCAACGUGGUGUGUGAGCAGCUACCAUACCUGAAGUCCCUGGGUGUAAAGGCUCUGCUUCUGGAGGGGCUGUUUCACCAGGACGUGUCCCCACUGGAUCUCAGUAAGAUUAAUGAGCGAGUGGGUACAGUGCCUCAGAUCCAACAACUGCUCAUGGAGAGCCACAAAGCAGGCAUCAAAGUAGUGUUUGACUUCUGUGAUCUGGAUCUGUUCGGACCCAAAGACUCAGUAGGCAACGACUCUGCUGUGCCCUCUGACUUCACUGGCUCAAUACAGUGUGCACUCCAAUUCUGGUUGGAACAGGGUGUGGCAGGAUUUGGGAUCUGUGACACAGAUGCUGCAUAUUCCAAAAAGACUCUGACCGAGUGGAGAGUUCUGGUCAAGGAGUUCAGCACAUCAGAUGAUGAGAGGAUUGUAGUGGUGAAACAAACAGGAGAGUCUCUACCUGCCCUGAAUACCUCUAGCACGUCAGUCAACAGCUCAUUGGUGGAGCUGGUUAUGAUGUCACUACUGCCGCAUGAGCAUCACCUCCUGUCCAGACAGGAAGUGGCCAAUGCUGUGGAGAGACACCUGUCGACAUCCCACGGCGAACUUUGGCCCAGUUGGACGGUGGGCGGUGAAGCAUCACCGAUGUUGCACAGAAUACUCCUGGUUCUGAUGAUGACACUACCUGGAUCACCUGUUGUCAAAUACGGAGAAGAAAUAGUUAAUUCGCCGAAUGCGUCUGCAGACAUGAGCUGGGAACGUGAGGCAGACAAGACCAUUGGACUGAACGACUCUGUUGGGGAACAGAGGAAGCUCAAACGCUCUGCCUUGGCUCUGUUCAGCUCCCUCAGUGGCUCUCGCCUCAGAGAAGAAUCUCUCCUUUAUGGGAGCUUCACCUUUCUCCCCUUCAACACCACCUCCCUCCCCCCCUACUCCAACUCCACCCUGGACCCCCCAUCAGCCCCUGUGCUAGCCUUCCUGCGCUCUUGGGGCUGUGUCCACUUCCUGGUGCUGCUCAACCUUGGGCCUGAGGCCCAAGCCCUGGACCCAGCAUGGGCUCUCAGCCUUCCCACUGCUGGGGUGUUUGUGACCAGCACAGGGAUGGACCGCCUGGGCGGCACCUCCCUGGAAACACUGAGGCUCCAGCCAGAGGAGGCCAUAGUCAUCAAACUGUUUGAGUCUGACAGCUACUCCUCCUAG